GAGGGCGGAGGUGAGGUGAGGUGAGGUGUGAGGGACGACGCCGAAAGAAGCGUUUUCCGCAGUGCCUGGUGUCACUGGCUAUCUCGUUUCGGCUGUGGUUCGGGCUUGCGCGUGUGCUUCGUGGAUCGAGCUCCGGGUUCUUGAUGAUUUGGGGAGCCUUGCCCGCACGCUCUGACGAUGGUCGAACUAGUCGACAAUCCCCCGGUGACGAAGCCGAGGAACUGAGAAGAGCUUUUUGUCCUUUGGACUGUGUAAUGGAGAUGAAUGCGUAAUUCACCUCUUAGAUUGAAGAUCAUCUCGCAAGGUCGAGGCUGCAAUCAGUGUACAAUUUACCCUUUUUUCUGCAUAAAAUUCUCUCAUCUGCACAUUGUCGAAUUCGGUGAUGGGCUCAGUUGUGUCCGACCAAGGAAGGUUGGCCGGAACGUUCUUCAACUUCGUUGGACUCAUAAAUAUCCCGGCAUGAUCACCCAUUGAGUUAUUGUCAGUGUGCGAGGAGCCGUUCAAGAUGGCUCUACAUUUUAAAUUCAGAAGCGCAGUGGAAUAUGAUUCUGUCAAUAUAGAAGGCCACUUCAUCUCUGUUGCUAGUCUUAAGGACAAGAUCAUUGAGGCCAAGAAUCUUGGUAAAGGCACGGACUUUGAUCUUCUCAUUACGAACGCCCAAACUGGCGAAGAAUAUUCGGAUGAUGCCUUCCUGGUUCCAAAGAAUACAAGUGUUAUCAUUAAACGCGUGCCGGCAACAAGGGCAAAGCCUGUUCUACGCGUGGAUGAUCAACCCAGGUCACAAUCUGCCGAUCAGUCUGGUAGUGAGGUCAUGAAAGGCGUAGAUGCAUCAUCGCACCUGUCUGUUUUCCAAGACUUGACAGGGGACAGCAUGGAUGACUUUGGUGUUGAUUUAUAUGCCAUUCCUGAACCAAUUCCAAGCAAAAUUGAUAAAGAUGAGAACAGCAGGAUAACUGCUUUGGUCAAUAAAUCUGCUGCAGAGUGGCAAAGGCAAACGCAAGAAGCCUACGCAGGGGGUCGGGGUUUUGGAAGGCUAGCAUAUGGCCGGGGAAUAUCAAGAGGUCGUGGUUAUGGGAGAGCAGUUCCGCCACAAGGUUAUGUUUGUCAUCGUUGUGGCCAGCCAGGUCAUUUCAUCCAACACUGUCCUACUAAUGGUGAUCCGACAUACGAUAUCAGGAGAGUGAAACUCCCAGUGGGCAUACCCAAGACUCGUUUGAAAGCCGAUCAAGAGGGCUCCUAUAUUUUACCAGAUGGCUCAGUCGCUGUGAUGCAACCCGACGAGUCUGUUUUUGCCAAAGAGGCCGAUGCGUUGUUGUCUAUUAGACCAACGUUUGCCGAGCCACCACCCGAGCUAAGGUGCCCCUUAUGUCAGGCAAUUUUCAAAGAUGCAGUUAUGAUACCGUGCUGUCAUUACAGUUUUUGUGAUAAGUGUAUAAGGCAGGAACUCAUAGAGAAGGGGAAAUGCCCCCAAUGUGGAUCUACAAGAUUCAAGAAUGAUGAUCUUCUUCCCAACAUAGCUCUUCGUCAAGCUAUAGACCGUUUUCUUGAAACACAAGGUCCUGCAACCAGUGCCGAGGAGCCUUUGAAACCAAAUCAAGUAUCUGAUUUGGAUUCUGCACUUGAAGUCAAGGUCCCAUCACCAACCGUUUCUCGGUUGCAAAUCGAGUUGCGAAAGCCUACCGUGAGCUUGACACCUCCAGCGAAUGAUGCUGUAGCACAGGAAACUGCUGGUGCAGUUGACUCAGCAAGUGGGAACGAUGUUGCUGUUCCUGAUGAUGCAGACAAGAGUAGUCCUGCAAAUACAGAUGUUGUGAUUCCAGCUGCUGAAGCCAAGCCGGCUUCGCCAGUUGUUGCUUCUGUUGAACCUCAGCCUCAGUGUAGUGAGGCUGUUGCAGUUCAUACUAGCAAGGCAGAUGAAUCUCUGGCAGGUGUUGAUACUGCCAUUGUGAAGGAUGUGUCGGGUUAUGUCAAGAAAGGAGGCAAGCAUCCUAUAAUUGAUGAUGGGGGUGGCAUGGUCGUUAAGACAUCUGAGCCCCCCUCCAAUAAAGAGGCGGAAGUUGUAGCUGUGGAAUCUGAGUUUAGCAAAGGUGUGUUCUAUGCAUCAAGAGUUGGAAAGGAUGCUCAUGUAGGUGUUCCUGCGGGACUCAAAAGCACAACUAUCUGCAAGAAAAAGAAAAAACGCACUCGUCUCAUUCCCGGAGAUGGAGCGGCAGACUACAUGGGUGUUGGCAAAGGAAAAAGGAUGCAGGCUGAUCGAUUUUGUUACAUAUGUGGUUCGCCCGAGCAUUUGGCCCGUGACUGUUUGGAAAAUCCAGACGCUGCUCAUCCUGUACAUCCAGGAAUGUUUGGUCCAGGACCAGGCGUAAUGCCCCCUUAUCCAGAUAUGUUUUGGCAUGGGCCGCCCAUACCUCAACAUGGACGUCCCUUUCCUAUGGGAUACGGAGAAGGCAUGUAUGGGCCAGGUCCUGGACCGAUGUCCUUUGAUGCUCCAAUGAUGCCCGGCGGACCAUAUAAUGUUCCUCCUUACAUGCGUGCGAUGUAUCCUAGUGGGCCCAUGCGUGGCGGCUUCAUGGGAGGUGGCAUGCCGCCAUCCAUGGGUGCCAUGGACAGACCUCUUAGUAGGGAAGAAUUCAUCGAACUCCAGGAACGAGAACGCCGACGCAGGAUAAUGCAAGACCAGAUGCAAAGGGAAAGGUCUCCAGAUAGAUCGUUUUCGAGGGACGGCAUGCAUCCGCAGACGCCAGAAUCAGAUCGAAGGAGAUACGAGCACGGCGAAAGGCGGGGUUCUGCCGAAGAGCAACAUCCUUUGACCCGUAAACGUGACUUGGACCGAGAUUCUGUAAGAGACCUCUCAGAUGACACUGACUUUUAUAAGAACAAGAGUGAAAAGUAUGAGCGUAAACCAAUUUCAUUAGUUGAGAGUAAUAUGUAUCGGAGGCAUGCUAGCGUCUCCGAUGACGAACCUUCUUUUGACGAAUUAAAGAGCCGAAGGGCUGUAGAUAGGCGUCAACGAGAGGGAAAGGCAGUACUGGUCGGUACAAAGAGAGAGUCGAGGUAUUAUAGAGACAAUGAUAUAGAAAGGUUAAGUUCUGAUCCUGAACAGGACGCACUUCAACAAGCACAUCCUGUGAGGCGACACGAAAAGGAACUAGAUGUGUACUCUGUGAAGUGUAGCAGUAAGGGACAAUCAAAACGGGGUGAUGAUGGUAAGAGCAUGCAUGUAAGUGCGAGUGGGGGGGACAGUCAUUCUAGCCGCCAUAAAAGCAAAAGGAAUGCUCUAGUGGAUGAUAAAUAUGAUGUAGAGUGCAGUCAAGAAAAAAGUUUUGCAAGGUCUGCCAAGCACGCUCGUUGUCGCUCUAGAAGUCCGGAGCACGACGGAAGAUUCCAUUUACGAGAGAACUCAGGGUCCGAAGUAGAUGGUGGUGAUGACGUUAGGGAUGCAGAGAAACGCAGGAGGAGAAAACACCGUAGUCACUCCAAGGUCAAGGCAGAAUUGGAAUCUGCAGUUGUCAGUAUAUCAGAGGAUGAGUCGAAGAAGAAAAAGAAGAAGCACAGAAAACACAGAGACGAAGGCAAUGUCGUGAAGAGUAGGGAAGGUAGAGGUGAUGGGGACGUCGACCGUCCUUCCAAGCAUCGUAAACACAGGUCCAAAAGUGAUUCGCAUGGAGUUGCUUCCUCACCGCGUGAUCUCGAAGACACGAGGUGGCAACUUGAUUCUGGUUAUGAAGGGGCUCUAACUGGUCACGCGCGUCGAUCUAAGCACAACAAAACCCAGCGUCCGUUUCACGUGAAAUUGAAGCAUUGAAGGUAAUUGACUGUGUGAGAAGUCUGCAGCAUCGCAUUUGAAUACAUUGUUUUCGUCCAUGUCCAGGUUCGAUUGGUGUGGAUAGGAAGCCCGUACCUAUUCGAAAUAAAGUUGUGAUAUGGGCUGAAACGAACUAGGUAUCGAUUAUGAGUUUGAUCGAUUCGAGUGGUAUCAAUUGUCGCUGUUCAUAACCCUUAGUAUCAUCGCUCCGGCUUUUAUCUCACUGUGGGCUCCUAAAUGUUUACAUUGUUUAUCGAGCAUCUAUUUUUCUCCGCCGGAGAAGGUUAUAAAAUAUUUUUUU